AUGCGUCCCAUCAUCACCACCACAAUAGCACUCUUCUCUACUCUCAUAGCUGCAGAAGGGAAUCGAGGCUAUGAUGUUAUUCCUAUCCGUCCGCGCAGCAUUCAGAAGAAGACUUGCACUGUUCUUUCCCUCGGAAACCAGAUAGACGAUACACCUCAAAUUCUCAAAGCAUUUUCAGACUGCAAUCAUGGUGGUACCGUCGUUUUCCCCAAAGAUCAGGUAUACUGGAUAGGAACGAGGAUGAAUCCGGUUAUCGACGAUGUGACGAUUGAUUGGCAAGGUACUUGGACUUUGUCGGAUAAUCUCACGUACUGGCGCGAAAACUCCUACCCCGUCGUUUUCCAAAAUCACGCUGCAGGAAUUGUCUUCACAGGAGAUCGUAUACAAAUUAGCGGGAAAGGCGGUGGUGGUAUCAAUGGGAACGGAAAUGCCUGGUAUAAUGUCGAGAAAGCAGACACGCAGCCCCGACGCCCUAUGCCUUUUGUUUUCUGGAACGUUAGUGAAGUGACCGUUGAGCAGUUCACUAUAAAAGAUUCUCCUCUUUGGGCAAUAAAUAUCAUGAACGGUACCAACAUGUCGUUUAAAGAUAUGCUCGUCAACAACACCGCUGUAAACGCGCCAUACGGAACGAAUUGGGUGCAGAAUACCGAUGGUUUUGAUACGAUGGAUGCCAGAAACAUCAAAUUAACCAAUUUUUACUAUCAGGGAGGUGAUGAUUGCAUUGCAAUUAAACCUAGAUCAUACAACAUUUACGCUCAAAAUGUAACAUGCCACGGCGGUAACGGCAUAGCAAUCGGUUCUCUAGGCCAAUAUGUCGAAGACUCAUCUGUAAUCAAUGUCACGGUAAAAGAUGUAAACAUCAUCAGCUAUAACCUAGACAUGCAUAACUCGGCAUACAUCAAAACAUGGGUGGGAGCAUUAGUUCCGCAAUCUGGAUACGAAAGUGCAGGACAAGCCCAAGGCGACGGCUGGGGCAACGUAACCUCGAUCCUCUUCGAAAACUUCCACAUAGAAGGCGCCGCCAUCGGAGCUGCCAUAUCUCAAAACUCCGGUAACAACGGUUCCUUCACCGGCACCUCCAAAUUCCUAGUCUCAGACAUCACAUUCCGCAAUUUCUCAGGCUAUCUUACUGGUGCAAAGGGUGAUAGAACAGCAAGUAUUAGUUGUAGUAAUGUGUAUCCCUGUACGGAUAUCGCGUUUGAGGAUUUUCACGUCGCGUAUCAGCUGAAUGGGACGGAGGCGCCUGCGACGGGUACGUGUAGUAUGGUUGCUAAGGGGGGGGUGGAGGGGAUGGUGGGGAGUGGGUGUGUGUGA